UAAACAAGAUAUAACUUAAGGAAUGUAAGAGUAGUUAUCGAUGCAGGGUUUAAUGUUUAAUACGGUUGUUGUCAUGGCGAUAAAACCUGUAGUUUAAAUGUUUGCUGCUGAAUAAGUCACAAGUCGUUUUGACUUUGAACUUGUCCCAACCGGCUCUCCGUAGUGAGGAAGUAGCAGCCGUUAGCUGCGUUAGCUUCGGCUCGACACAAGGACACGUGAAGCGGCUGCAGCUCCGAACUAAAGAUGCCUCCUAAACCCUUGGAACCUCUGGCCAAGAAGCUCAUGAAGGGGCUGAUUGCUGUGGAGCUGCUGGGCGUUUUUGGGGCGUACGGCCUUUUUCACACGAUGAACAACAGUCGAGAUUUCAGGAGCACCAUGAGCCAGAGGUUUCCAUCCAUCUUAGAAUUUUUCUACAAGUCCAACGAGUGGGCGGGGGUCUACGGCAUCCGAGAGAGCGACCACGAGGCCUGGUCGGCCAAGCAAGACUGAAGAUGUCUGGCAGUGUUGAGUCCACCACUACUUCUUCCUCCUCUUGUUCCCCAGUGUCCUGCCGCCCGUCCGGGCCCGGCCCAGCAUCCGCUUCUUGUUAAACAUCCGCUUCUUGUGGCGCAGCGUCUUAGCAUCACGGUCGUGGAGCCAGUCGUCACGCUGAGCCUCCCACUUCAGCUGCUUUAGACCUGGAGAGACAAGGAUGGAGUGAGGAGGUCUGGAGUUUUUGUCAGUUUGGUCUAAAUGUUACAUCAUUGGUGAUUGAAACAUGCACCUGACAGAAGCUAAACACGGGGUUCUAUCUCUGAAUCCAUGUCCUUAUAGAAACUGUUCAUGACCCCGAUCGUCAGUCAUGAUAAUUGUGAUUAUUGCUGAUGAUUUGAUCUCUGGAGAUUAAAUUAACGUGUGCUGGUAUCCAGCAUAUUUAAUAAACCUCUCUUUAACCGUGA